AUGUCAUUCUUCGGUUUUGACGCCACGGGCCGAAAACCUCGUGAGAGGAAACAGCAAGGCGAGGAGGAUUCUUUAGAUUUCGAAGAAACGUAUCAAGGCUUGGGUGAUUAUGAGCCAGAGGAAGAUGAUUUGCUCAAUGAUGAAACUUUUGGUACUGGAGCGGAUCUGGGUACAGAUUUUGAUUUUGGUUACGGUAAAGGGGAGCUUGGCGCUGGUUCAGGUUCUGGUAGGGCACCAGCACCAGCUCCUGUUUCUUAUGCAUCUAUUGCAAAUGCCAAAAUGAACAGACAAGCAGACUGUAAACCUGGUUUCGAACAAUCGCUGGACAUGCAACCUAUGGAAUCUUUAUGGGGUAACAGCUCCGGUAAUCAGCAACAACAGGUGCAACCUCAAGCCCCUACACAAUUCCAAGCCCCACCACAGGUUCAACAGCAAGGUGCACCUAAUGUGGAAGGAUUGGCCAUUCAAUCUUUAGACAGACAACAACAGAUGGCUAUGCCGCCUCAACCUGGAUUCUAUGGUAUGCAACCUCCGCAGAACCCUGGCUACGGCUUUAUUCCACAAGGGUUCCCUCAAGGUCAAUACCAGCAAUUCCCUGGGCAAAAUAUUCCCCCUGUUAUCCCUAAUCAAUUCGGUAAUGCCGGAUUUCCUAAUCAACCUGUUAACCCUCAGGAACAAUUCCAACAAGUACCACCGAUAAUGUACAAUCAAACACAAGGAAACAUUGCACAUCAUAUGCAACAUCCGCAGAUGGCUAUGCCACCAAUGCAAAAUCAACCUCCUGUUCAGCCCCAGCAGCCCCACCAACAGCAGUUACCUCCCCAAUACUUGCCUCAACAACACCAACAAGAUCAGCAGCACCAACAACAACACCAACAGCAACAAGUGUUCCAACAGCCUCACUCCGUUGACACUGCUGCUAGAACCCAAGCUGUCCGUUCUACUCAAGAUUAUGAGCAUUCUAACUCUCCAACACCUGUGCCAACAGAAUCAGAGCAGGUGCCAACUCCACCUCAUACACCUAGAGAGUAUCGCCGUGGUCCAAGGAGGUUUGGCACCCAAGAUCCUUUGACUGAUGAAGAAUUGAGACGUCUUCAAAUCAGACAAUCGAAGGUUGACAAAAUUCUCAGACACUCUGGUGUAAUGACUCCAAGAGACAAGGAUUUUAUCACCAGGUAUCAGUUAUCUCAAAUUGUCACUGAUGAUCCCUACAAUGAGGAUUUCUACUUCCAAGUUUAUAAAAUCAUUCAAAGGGGUGUCACUCCAUCUGAAUCUAAUAAGGAUUCUAUUGCUAAAGCAUAUUUAGAGCACUCGGGUCACAGAUUAGGAGGUCGUUACAAGAGAACUGACGUCGCGUUACAGAGAAUGCAAUCUCAGGUCGAGAAGGCUGUUACCGUUGCGAAAGAAAGACCACAGAAAAGUAAGGGUGGGUUGGAUAAUGCCAAAGAGGGUGUCUUGGGUAAAAUCUCAGCUACUAGGAACUCAAAAGCUCCAAGAAAGCAAUUACAAAUCCCAACUCACAAAGAGGAUUCUCCAGCGUUGUCUUCUCAAUCAAGCUCAGCCCUAGAUGAGGUGUCUGAAUCUUUGCAAGGCGUGGAUAUCAAUGCCAAAAGAAGAAGAUCAUCUUAUGCUUUGAGUUCUUCAGUGGACCAUCGUACAGUUUUAUCCCGUUCUGGUGGCCGUAAGUUCAUUUUAUCAUUGAUUGAAACUGUUUACGAAGAAGUGCUUGAACUAGAAGCUCAAUUGAGAUCCGGUCAACAGCCGGACAGUUCAAAAUUAUGGGAGGCGCUACACGUUGAGGACCACGGUUUUGACGUUUCUCCCUUCAUUUCCAUCUUAUCUUUCGACAAAGGUAUCAAGAUUAUGCCACGUAUUAUGAAUUUCUUGUCAAGAGAAGAGAAGAUUAAGCUUUUCAACUGCUUCUUCAAGGAACUUUCUCAUUUGAAUGUCAUUGUCAUAUCAUCGUACAAGACUACUCCACUUCCUACUAAAGAUCAACUGAAGAAGAUGGAAUUGUUCCAAUCUGUGUUUUUGAAGAUCAUUGUUUCGUUCUUAUCCAGUUCAGCAGAGUUUUUGGAGGUAAUGAGUCUACUAAUAAAUGUCAUUCAGAAUAAUAACGUUUCUUUCAUCACCACAUCGCGUAUCGGUUUGAAUUUGAUUACCGUGCUCAUUUCACGUGCUGCUUUGAUGAAACAAGAUGUUAGCAGGGGCAAACUGUUGUCUUCUGUGGAAGUAUCCACUUGGAGUGAAGUCUAUGAUAGGCUAUUUACUUCUUUAGAAACAAAAUUGACUGCAAUUUUCCCAACACCUGAAUAUAUGCAACACGCCAUUUCAGUUUAUGAACAGGAUUCUACUCAGUAUGAUCAAUCUUACAUCUGGCAGUUCCUUGCAUCGCUUGCUUUGAGCGGAAAAUUGAACCAUCAACGUAUAUUGAUUGAUGAAGUGAGAGACGAAAUUUUCGAAGUCAUUUCAAAGGCUGAAGAACUAAAUGCCCCUUCUCAACAAGACCCUAAACUGGCUUAUCAAAGAAACAAGUUCUAUCAGGAUUUGAACUUGUUCUUGAAUGUCAUGGGUCUUGUUGCUCGUGAUGGUGAAAUCACUGAACUGAAGUGA